AUGUCAACUGUGGACCGGUCGAGGGCCCUCUUGCUCACCUUUGUGCUGGCCACGUUGGAAUUCUCCAGCCUCUUCAUGCAGUUCUCCAUCAUACCGUACUUGGCCCGCAAGCUUGGUCUGGACUCCAUCACCUUUGGCUACCUGCAGACUGUCUUCGGGUUGCUCCAGCUGCUAGGCGGGCCCGUGUUUGGCAGGUUCGCAGACCAGAGAGGGGCACGGGCCGCGUUUACCCUCUCCUUCCUGGGGGCCUCAACGGUCUACCUGCUACUGGCGGCAGCAUGCAGCCCCUCCCUGCCCGGCAUCCCUUUGCUCUUCAUCUCGCGCCUGCCCGCAGCGUUCAUGCACACACUGCCAGCCGCCCAGAUGGUCAUCACAGACCUGACCCCUCCAGAAGAGCGGCCCGUGGCCCUGGGAAGCCUGGGCCUCUGCUUCGGCGUCGGCCUCAUUCUCGGAUCCCUACUUGGCGGGACCCUGAGCGCUGCAUACGGGAUCCAGUGCCCUGCCCUUGUGGCGCUUGUGGCCAACCUCCUUGGCACCGUCUUGAGCUUCAUCGGCAUUCCAGCCAACACCAAAGGAGGGAAGCAGGUGGUCUGACUGUCUCUCGAUGCUCCAGGUGGGCCCAAGGCUGGCGUGUUUGACCUGAAGGCUAUUUCCCGCCUUCUGCUGCUACCUGGCAUCCUGCCUGUCUUCCUCAUCAAGGUAGUCUCCGGCUUCCCCUCAGGACUCUUCAUGGUCAUGUUUUCCAUCAUUUCCAUGGACUUCUUCCAGCUGGAGGCUGCCCAGUCUGGCUACCUUAUCUCCUACUUUGGGGUUCUUCAGAUGAUAAUCCAGGGCAUGGUCAUCGGGCGGCUGAGCAACCGUUUCUCUGAGGACACCCUGCUCCGUGCCAGCGUGCUGGUCUUCAUAGCUGUUGGGCUGGCCAUGGCACUGAUGUCCAGCAUCUCUCACUUCUGCCUCCUGAUGCCCGGCCUGGUCUUUGGCCUGUGCGUCCUCAAUGUGGUCACCGACAGCAUGCUGACCAAGGCCGUCUCUGCCUCCGACACAGGUACCAUGCUGGGUCUCUGUGCUUCUGUGCAGCCACUGACGCGCACUAUAGGCCCCACCCUGGGUGGCAUCCUGUAUCAUCUCUUUGGCGUGGCUGUCUUUGGACAUGUGCAGAUGGCUGUCAACAUUGUGGUCUUUCUGGUGCUCUGGAAGAUGCCUAUGUCCCAAAAGGGGGACAAGCUCCGGUGA